UAUCCCGGUGAACUUGACACGUGUGUCUCGGGCAACACCGACAGGCACCGGCCAGUCAGUGCGGUAGGUUCGGGGUAAAGAGGUGGAGAGUGUAGCGGGACCGGCAGAGCUUCUUGUGGAGGGUUUCACAUCCCGCGUGUUAUCAGCUGGAGCCUCGCAGCGGCCGCGAGCUGUUUUCUUUGUCCGGACGGACACGGAGUUAGUUUGUUUCUUGUUCGAACCAGGGUUACUCUUCACUUCUCACUGAGGGGAUUCAGCCUCGGAGCCUCCAGGUCUCCUCUCCCCACCCCCUGCUGCGCUUGUUUGCACUGAGGUUUGCACCGGGGAGAGAAGUGAUUACGGAACCGUGUGAAUGGACUUGAGGUGAGAAGGCACCCAGGGGAGCAGCGCACGUCAAACCUGCUCUGCAGCAUCAAUAACACCUCGAUCACCGUGCAGCAGCAGCAGCAGCAUGCAGUGAGAGGAAUCCUUUCAGAUGCUCUCCAGCACCAGGCGGUGAGGGGAAAGGGGUCGCAGGGGGGGAGGAGGAUUUAUGGGAGAUUUGUUGGAUUUUCAUCACCCCGUCGUUGCAAACUUGUGUCCGGGAUGGGGAAGGAGCAGGAGCUGCUGGAAGCCGCCCGGACCGGGAACGUCGCCCUGGUGGAGAAAUUGUUGAGUGGGAAGAAGGGGAUCCUGGGGUCGGGCUCCGGAUCCAUCCCUCUGCCCAACCUCCUGAGCAUGUGGAAAGGCCUGAAUGUCAACUGCACAGACAGCUCAGGAUACACACCUUUACAUCACGCAUCACUUAAUGGACACAGGGAAGUGGUGCUGAAGCUGCUCCAGUUCGAGGCGUCCACAAACGUGGCCGACAGCAAGGGUUGCUUCCCGCUGCACCUGGCCGCCUGGCGGGGAGACGUGGACAUCGUCCGCAUCCUCAUCCACCACGGGCCCUCGCACUGCCGGGUCAACCAACAGAACCACGAGAGGGAAACGGCGCUUCACUGCGCGGCCCAGUACGGACACUCCGAGGUGGUUUCAGUGCUUCUCCAGGAGCUGACCGACCCGACGAUGAGGAACAGCCAGCAGGAGACGCCUCUGGACCUGGCAGCGCUGUAUGGACGGCUGCAGGUGGUGCGCAUGUUGGUGAGCGCUCACCCCAACCUCAUGACCAGCCACACUCGCCGUCACACUCCGCUUCACCUGGCUGCGCGCAACGGACACCACAGCACCGUCCAGACCCUGCUUGAGGCCGGCAUGGACGUCAACUGUGUGACCGAGAAUGGCAGCGCCCUCCACGAGGCAGCUCUCUUUGGGAAGAUGGAUGUAGUUCGCCUUCUGCUUCACUCAGGGAUUGAGACUAAUCUGAGAGACAGCCAGGGGAGAACGGCUCUGGAGAUCCUGAGAGAACAUCCUGCACCGAAAUCCCAGCAGAUCACUGCUCUUAUCCAAGAAUUUAUGAUGGACGAGAUGGAGAGGAGGAGUAUCGUGGAGGAGCCUGUCCGCAAGUGUCCCAUCCCUGCACCUCGAACCUCAGUUCCCUCCCCCUCUGCCUCCCCCUCCCUCAGACAUAAGAACGAUGCAGUGACAAGCGAGCUGUCCAAGCUGCUCCAUGAGAUCAAAAAGUGCCGAGACAGGGACUACUCCUUCGAGGAGCUCUGCCACACCAUCUCCUCCCACUCCAUGGACAGCUUUGGCAGCGGGCGGCUCUCUGACGAGGAGCGCCCGGAUCGACCCAACGGCACCCUGACCAGAGUCACCAAGCGGCCGACCCCGCCUCUCCCUCCGGCCCUGGAGGAGGACGAGAGUUGCGGCCCCACUGGAUUCUGGGAGGCCCUGACACCGUGCAAUGGCUGCCGCAACCUGGGCUUCUCCGGCCUGUCACAGGAUUCGAAGCAUUCAGCGGAGAUCGUCACGUCUCCAUCUCUAGAUGUUUUCCUGCCGGAGGAUGAGGACAACCCGUACGAGUCCGUGACCACAGCCGUCACACGCAAACCCUGCUCCCUCGAUAUCAACCACCGGCUCAACUCCAGUCCACGCAAUGGUCACCUGUCCCAUGUAACGGUGAGUGAGGGGGAGCACAGUAACCAUGGCAACUGCACAACGGGCCCAACUCCAGACUGCUCCCCCCCCUCCCCCGACACGGCCCUGAAGAACAUCGAGAGAGUCAUCCGCCCACAGCCCAAACAACGCACUUCUCUGUCUUCGUCCCUGGACGUCCAGAGGCCGGUCAACCACAGCUGUGAGCCCAGCGAGGUGAGCUCGUCCCUGGGCUACGCCAGCUUCAGCACCAGCCCCCCUGCCAGCCCUCCACUCAGCCCCAACCAGGAGGACUCUGCAGGCUCCAACGACGACUGUCAGCUCACAGACGACGGGUCGUACCAGCGAGACCCGCCUCCUCCUGCUGCCCCCGUCUGCUCUUCCUCCACCUCCAACACUCUGUUAGAUGAUCGCAGGAAGAGUCACAUCCCAGAAGAGUUUGCAGGCCUCCUUCAUGGAUCUUCCCCGGCUUGUGAAACCCCUGAAACGCCUUACCACCUCUACAACCCCAAACCCCGCAAAUAUGCCUCUACAGACGUCCAGAGCGGCCUGCUGCAGUCCCCGGAGUUCAGCAUCGUGAUCGGAGGAGGACCCACACAGGUCUUCUCCAGGACAGGGGGCGAGUCGUCGCCUCAGUCGACCGCCAUCGACCCCCACAAGCCACAGGUGGUGUACCGCACUAUCUUCCAUACAAGGGUCAACCAGGACCAGGCCCGACCCAGAAACUGCGAGCAGGUGGAUUCAACUCGCGGCUGGUCUACUCUGGAUCGCCCACCCUCCUCCUACGCCGGUCAAAACGGGGAGGUUCCAGGGUUAACAGGAGGUGUGCCCAAGGGAGGUUCAUCGGUUGCGGGCUACGAAGAGAGAGCUUGCACCCUGGGAAGGAUGAGGUCCAUGCCCCGCAGUGUGUUGGACCUGCAGCUGUCCAAGUCUCUGUCCAAAUCUGAUUCCAACCUGAUAGCUGUGUCUCCCAUACAGGAGGAGCACAGCUGGGGGUCCGGAUCUCGUGGCCAGGGGCCUGGAAGUCCAAGCCCGGGAGAGGGUGCUAGCCCAGGGGGAAGACUGGAGAGGACGCCCUCUUUCACCGCCGAGUGGGAAGAGAUCGACAAGAUUAUGAGCUCCAUCGGGGCUGGAAUAGGCAGCGGAUUGGACAUCAAGGAGGACACCUCAGGUCCCCGCUGCCCGCUGCAGUCCGUGGGCCAGUGGCUCGACUCCAUCGGCCUGGUCCAGUACGAGAACCACCUGCUGGCCAAUGGAUUUGACAACGUCCAGUUCAUGGGCAGCAAUGUGGUGGAGGACCAGGACCUGCUGGAGAUCGGUAUCCUGAACUCAGCCCACAGACAGCGCCUCCUGCAGGCCAUACGGCUGCUGCCCAGGGUGCGGCCCGUCGGUUACGAUGGCAACAACCCCACGUCGGUGGCAGAGUGGCUGGAGUCGCUGGAGCUCGGCGACUACACCAAGUCCUUCCUCGUCAACGGUUACACAUCCAUGGAGCUGGUCAAGAAGAUCUGGGAGAUCGAGCUCAUCAAUGUAUUGAAGAUCAGUCUCAUCGGACACAGAAAACGGAUCUUGGCCUCAUUGGGGGACCGACUACUACACGAAGACACCCCACAAAAACCUCCUCGUGCCAUCUCCCUACGGGAGCCCGGAGGGAACCACACUCCUCCCCAGCUCAGCCCGUCGGUGGGCCAGGCAGCGUACACGGCGGGGGUCCCGGGCGGAUCUCUGGACGUGCAGCACCUCAUCAUGCAGGCGGACGCCCGGCGCAGGCAGCGCAGCAAUGACAACUACUUCGACGACGUGCCGCGAUCCAAGCUGGAGCGACAGAUGGCCCAAGUCAGCAUGGCAGGCGAGUGGUGCGAGCCGAUCACGUUGCGUCCGCCCAACGAGGCCACCUCGUCCACCCCGGUGCAGUACUGGCAGCAUCACCCCGAGAAGCUGAUCUUCCAGUCCUGCGACUACGAAGCCUACUACCUGGGCUCCAUGCUGGUGAAGGAGCUGAGAGGGACGGAGUCCACACAAGACGCUUGUGCCAAAAUGAGGAAGUCGACAGAACAGAUGAAGAAAGUGCCGACCAUCGUGCUCUCCGUGUCCUACAAAGGAGUGAAGUUCAUCGACGCCACAAAUAAGAACAUCAUAGCAGAACAUGAGAUACGUAACAUCUCGUGUGCGGCUCAAGAUCCAGAGGAUCUGUCUACAUUUGCCUACAUCACCAAAGACCUCAAGUCUAGUCACCACUACUGCCACGUUUUCACUGCUUUUGAUGUGAACUUGGCGUAUGAGAUCAUCCUGACACUCGGCCAGGCCUUCGAGGUGGCCUACCAGCUGGCCCUGCAAGCCAGGAAGAGCGGCCACGGAUCGUCCACACUGCCGGAGAGCUUUGACAGCAAGCCCAGCAAACCUGUCCCCAAACCUCGAGUCAACAUCCGCAAAUCUAUGGAGCAGCCGUCCAUGGACCAGAAGGGCCACGCCAACGUGCCGUGGAUUGUGGAGCCGGGUCAGGAGGCCAAGAGAGGAGUCAACACCAAGGCAAUGCCGGACGCUCAUGUCUAUUACUGUGGAAUGCAAAGAAUGUAGCCAGCCCUAAACACGGACCUUGACACACAUAAUGCAAAAUGGACUACAAAGGACACCUCUUGCUCCAAACAUGGACGCUACUCCACAGUGUUUAAGGUUGACUACAAACAUUUUACCACCAUUCAUCCACAUGAUGCUUGACACAGUAAACAUAUGACAACUGACACUUUCACACACACACACACACACACACACACACACACACACUAACAGGACUGCAUCUUGACAGACGUCGGUCUGCUCUGAAUGUACACUUAUUUGAAAGCAGCCUCAACUUUCUGCAACUACAGCAGGAUCUGUUUUAUGUGCCCAGCUGGGAGGCAUGACGUGUGAGCUUUUUGGGCUUCUGCUGGUUACGGACAAUGGGCUCGCUAACGGCACCGGUGGGCAUGUGUCCGUGCUGGAAGUUGACAUGGGGGGGUUUGAGGACGUCUGGCUGGCUCUUUUGUUCGUUUCUUUAUUUUCUUUUGAAGUCAGAAAAUAAUAAAGAGAUAUAUGCACAAGCGUGUAAAUGUGAUUGGACUUGCUGCAACACGCUCAAGAUGCAAACAGGUGUGUCCUCAUCACGACGGAUGAUGAUCAACGUAUGUGAACAAAAACAGCAUCUGGCGUUUAAAAAAAAGUAUUCUAUUCGUAUUGCCCGACAUUUUAAUGUUUAAUAUGAGAGUAUUAUAUUACCAUGAUGAUUAUGAUUAUUCUUGUGCAAUUCUUGUCUACUGUUGUCUUAAUGUUACAUUAUUUUUCUAUGAUAUGAGAUGAAAAACUUUGGGCUUGAGAAUGAUGGCCAUCCUUUAAAAAAAAAAAAAAAAUCUGAAAACGAGAUGAUCAUACUUGUACACACGGAGAGUGAAUGUUUGCAGGUGGCUAGCUAACUCUUGUCAGGUCAAACCCUCCAUCAUUUCUCAUGGGGCUCUACUCUUAUCUAGCAGAUGUACUAUUUUAAACGCAGUAUUACUGUAUUAUUUGGAUGAGACGUUAUCCAAUUAUAAAAUGUAUAUAGAUAUUUUGCCAACUCAUUGUUCAUACAUGUAAUGUAAAAGAGAAAAGAAUAAAGGAUUUGCAGUACAUGGCACUGGAAACAAGGUACCAAAAUAAAGGUUGGACAUUUAAAAGUGGUAGAUUGGUAGAGAUUGUAUUUUGAGUGGAAACUGAAACAGUUUAUUUGGUGACAUCACUGCUGACCAACUAUGUACAUAGGCUUGGGCUUCCAGCACAAUGAUUUUUGUAAUUUUGGCCAUUAUUUAUAUCCUUGUAAAGCACAUGGAAUAAAAUAUGACUUGUAAAACCAUGA